CUUGUCCAUAGUAUCAGAGUUCCAGCAUAUUUCUAGUGUUUGCCUCAGUGUUUUGACCUCCUUUAGUGUCGUUUGACUUAGCCUCUUGCCUGCUCAUUUGGAUACCUCUGCCUUGCUUUUAUGAAACCUGUGUACCGACUCUUUUUGGAAUAAACGGACCACAGACUGUAUAUACUAUGGACAACUUGGUUCUGCCUUCCGCCAGUAUACGGAUUUGAAGCCAAAAAGCUCUUGGUAAUUCCAAGUUUUUUUCUCCAUUUCCUGAAACCAACAUUGCGCAGUACCGUUGUGCGCAUUCAGUGGGAGAGUCGCUCGCUGUGAUGACGCUCAGCUGAAACAGCGUAUCCCCCGGGUGAGCUAUGCAAUCUUUGUAUACCCGUAGGCUGUAUCAGUUAUCUUACAAUAACUACAUGUCAACAUCGCAAGCAGGGGGGGAAAAAAAAUUGUUCUGUGUAAUAAAUUUCUAAGGUUUGUCAUCAGCCCCAUAAGCUUUGCUGGCAGAGGCGGGAUUUAUGACCUGUACUGCAGCCCACCACAAGAGGGUGCUGAGUCUGGGCUUAAAAUCACAGAUAAAAAUGAAAUUUAAAAAUGAGAAAUAGAAAUCUGUGCGGAAUAGAAACUGGCCAAUCUUGUUGUUGGUGGUCUUACUACGUUUGGUUUUGUAGGCUGUAUAGAGGCAUCAGGAUUCAUUUCAAUCAGUUCCACAUCAUGGGAAAAACUCCCCAUAGUGGCUUUAGUAGAUAAUCCGAUAGUAAAACUUUUUCAAGAUGAAUGAGUUUUACUGAAAUCACAGGGGCAAUAGAGUUCCACAUGUUUAGAUAUAUAUUUCAUUUUUUAGCCACUGAUAGGGACUGUGGUGUAAACAGAAAUGGGUAUAAAGCUUAAAAGACACUUAAUAUAAGACUCCAACAUUAGCAUAUUGAUAAUCAAUAAGUGAUAGCAACAUUAAGUCAUAACUUUUUAAAGUUAAGUGUACAGUAAAGACUAACUCACCCAUGAUUUGAUUUUUUUCCGCGAAGGAAAAAAAAGUUCAGCUGUGUUUUAUUCAUGUUCUCCUCUUAAGCGUGAUCUUGGAACACUGCCACAGUCGGUCCAUCGAGGCAACGAGCAGGUGCAGCCAAACAAGUUGAAAAUGAAGUAAACGGUCAAACAAGAUUAGCCAGACAUAUUCUGAAGGUGAUAAUUGAAUUGAGUUGUUUUGAUCCUUAAUUCACAGGAAAAACCGUGAAGUGAACACAACAGGAACCAAGGUAGCUCAAGGUCAAGUUCGGUUUGUGGGAUCACUUUUUGCAAUCUUAGACUGUUUAAUUCUUUACAGCAUUUAUGAUCUUCUCUCGAUAUAAAUAGAUCUGUUUAAUUUUGCUCUGUCACUGUUCCUCACGUGCCCAAUAAUUUAAACUGAUCUAUACUCAAAGUUGUGAUGCAGGAUUGGCUUUCAAACGUGUUUAGGACAUGAUUUCAUGUGAGGUGGAUGGUGUGGUUGGCGGCAGUGUACAGCUGUUGAAAGGGGUGUGUAUGAUCCAUAACUGUCCGAUUUGUACUCUGCUCUUUUUGUUUUUUAAAAGAUAAUUUACUCUCACUAAAGCCCUCAACACAAAGAAUAUUUUGCAUUCAUAAAUUCAUCCUGUAGCUUUCAAUUUGUACUUAAAGGAACCAAUCCCCUGAACUGAAUUAGCUUAAUUUGGACAUAGCCCUAAAAUAUGCCUUUUAUGUAGUGUUUGGAGAGAGACUCGGUCAUGAGGUUUGGGUAAAAGUAGCUUCUUAAAUAAAAGGUUUCUUUUUGGAUAAUUUAUGAAUGUAUGUGCAGAGUACACUAUAUAUUUUCACCUGUUUUCUUCCUCCUAAAAUCAGACAGCUGAGUUUUAACUCCUGCCCAAAUCAGCUAAACAUGCUGCCCUCUGUUGGUGUUAACACAGACACACUGACACAGUCCUGAGGUCAUGAAUGUAGUCAAUCCAAAUCAGCUGUUUUAUUAUACUGAUGUUCUGCUUCAUUUAUUCAACAUCAAGUGUGAAAUGCAACAUUCAAAAGUUAGACUUUUGAAUGUACGAUACAUAAAUACAUUCAAAGAUAUUUUGAUACUAGACUUUAUUUCAGUGAAGCACAUUUGAUAUUUCCUUUUUUUUUUUUUUACAUUUUUUGUCCAAUGUUUGUGCAAUUUUUAAGGUGCUAUAACUUUUAGUUUUAGCAUACUGCACUGUAAACAAAGCAUAUUUGUAAAAUCUAAACUCCACCCAAGUCAUUAGGUCCAAAAAACAACAACAACAAAACAAAAAAAAAAAAAGAAAAAGUAAACGUGCAGGCUAAACUAAAGCUUAGCGCUAUCCCAACUGCUUGACAAAAGUCAGAUCUUUUAACAUCCACCAGCGCUAAUUAUCGUUACCAUGACAACAAGGGUCACCUUGAUAUUUUGAAAAAGCACAUAGGGCGGUCACUAACCAGAAUAACACCUGGUCACCUCUUUACUGACAUUACCUGCACAUCUUUAACUCAGAUAAUGCCAGAGCAAUGUCUCUUGAGGGUAAUGAGAUUGACCUUGACAUUGACCUUGUAAAUUUAAAUUACAUGCAAAAAAUAAGGUUGUAUAGACAUAACGAACCCUUCAUUGGGACGUGUCGCACUGCUUAUAUGCCAUGGUGUUAGAAAAUACUGAGUAUUUCUGGAGCACAUUAUUAUGAAAGUGACAUUUAUGUACAAACCUUCUUCACAGAUUCUGCUAAACUAAAACCAUCCCUCACUAGUCAUGUCCAAAGGUGAUGCUAAACUCAAAAAUGAAAUGGCGCUUUUGCUGUUGCAGGUCUAGAGUGGAUAACACUGAUAAUCAGCCCAAAGUGGAUUUUCCCACAGAGGAGCAUUAAGACAAACUCUAAUAUUAGCCCACGGCCUAGUUCUUGUCUUUCUCAGCUCUUUGAGAGGAAGUCAGUUCAAAACUUCGACCCCACUGCAAACUAAUAUUUGAGGUCUUUUAUGUUGUUCAAAAAUCUUGUAAGCUUUUACCGUGACUUGAUCAUGAAUCAGUGCAAAUACUAUAUCACAAGUAUAAUUUGAAUAUAAUUUUCUUGUUUAUUAGACAGAUUUCACUUUUGCUUAUUUUAUUAAUAUCAGUACUGAUAGCAACUUAUCUGUAUUUAUAAGACAGAUUUCACAACAGGUGGGCUUAAUGUGCUUUAAACAGGAAUACAAGAAUAAACUGCCUUUUUUUACAUAAACAAAAUACAGCUCAAUAAACAAACCAAAGUAUCAAAGAUCAGAAAACUAAAAGUCGAGAAAACAUUACCACCAGCUCAACUAAUUACAAAAUCAUAAUGUGCACAGUUACCUGUAAAAGAUUUUUUAAUAACAUAAUGUACAUAAUGCAAAAGUGGCAACACAUCGUGGACCCAAAGCCAGAUAUUUAAAUCUAGAUGCUUAGAGUAAUAGCUCCUGAUGAUGGAUAUCACAGCUGAGGUGCUGCUUGUUGUGCCAGAGACUGCCAGCCAGAGUCACCCUGACUCUGUCCCUAAUGAAAUAACCCCUACUGACAGAUGGCAAGCACCACUUUCCCUCUGUUGCAUAAUUCAAACUGACCUCUCUAAUUGGACAAUGAUUCAAGUCAUCAGCCUUUUGAAGAAGGUCAAUUUUGUCUGAAUAAAAUCCUGGAUGAGUCUGAAAGGGGUUGGAUCAUCUUGGGAAAACAUCAAAGUUUCUGUUGAUUAUAAUGCAGAAUACAUUAUCAAAACACAAGACUGAGCUACAGUGGAGGCAACUUUUAAAGCAGUAAUUUUCCCUGUGAAACCCCACAACAAAAAAAAUCCUUGACCUUGGUGCAACCAGACCUGAUCUGUGACUUUGACCCUAAUCCCAGGGAUUUGAGUCGGGGUCACACCCUUGCAUCGUCAAGGUUUCUUUGCACAACAAAUUCAAGGGCAAAAGACAGUUUAGCAGUUUUUUACUGCUAUGUCAGGGAAAAGUUUUAUAUCAAGACAAAAAGUAUCACUCAAUAAGACUGAUCAGAGUUAUUCAUCAUUUCAACCUUGAAAUCAGAGUGUGUGAUGUUUAUUUUAUUUAGACAAUAGUUAAAAAAGAACCGAUCUUUAUCUUUAAGGGGAAGACAUUAAUUUUAUAUCAGAAGAUCAUUGGGAACAUGCAAAUAAAAGGAGGGGAGCUGCUCCAUCAUUCAAAAAGUCAUCAAAAACGUGUCUUUGAUUUUCUUGCAUUGAUAACAAAAUCUUAGAGCUGUGCCAGUUGAUAGAAGCAUGAUAUGAAAGGUGUUUUUGGAGUGAUUCCUCCACAGGUAAUAGUCCACAGUCUAUACAGUCACCCCAUCACUCCUGGGUGUUGGCAUUUUCAGCUUAUUGUUUCCAGAAAAACUGUAAAAACCAACAGACUACCUGUUCAGAUCCUGACAGUGGGGCAGCAGGAAAGGUUAGAACCCCUCUCAAACACAAAAACGUAAUUGAAUUAAUGAAUAUGGAAUGAGGACUUCACCAAUUAUUUCUCGUGAACUGUCCAUGACCUCUUAAAACCACACAACCUAGUGGAGAGUGUUUUGCUGACAGGGUUUUCUGCCACGCUGCUCUUUCUCGCUGGCCCUGCAGAGGGCUGUUUUUGUAUUGUGUGAAACCAAAGGUCAACGUGACUCGCCGAAGUUUGAGGAGGUUUUGGCACCCAUAACUCCCGGUAAUGUUUAGAAAGGGGAUUAUAGUUUGGGAUUAUGUAAUCAGACAAUGCUGACCUUUGGUUUCACAUGGGAAAACAAAUCCUGUUCAAUCUCCUCCACUUGGACUUUGUCACUAGUUGUGUUACAUCACGAGACUUCCUUGAGGCUGUCAAUGUGCAGGACCCAAACAUACUUCCAAAAAGACUAGUUAGAUAGCUGUGCUGACUGUAAUUAUAUAUACAAAGAUGAAAAUAUGAUAUCUUUGGAUAUAGACAUCAUGAGUUCCUCAAGAUCAGGCAGCAAAUGAGCAAUCAUGAGUUUACACACAAUGUGAUAAUGCAAGAUAUGUGGGUGUAAUCCGCCUUUUGUUGCCCCAGAACCGGCCUCAAAACAUAGCUUUAUGAAUUUAUUAAAAUGUGUCACUCAAAGGUGGCUGCAAUCAUUAGUUCAAAAUUCAGAUUAUGUUCAAACUGCCUGGCUGGAUUAUGUUGCUGUUAGAGGGGCUUAAUUACUGCAGCGAACCGCUACCAACCAACAGGGGCAGCUAAUCCUCUUUACAGGAGGCGGUGAGGGUGGAGCCCUACAACAUGGAGCCAUCCCACCCUGAUACGCCAAAACAAGAGGGACCCAAACAAGCCUUCGAUUACUUAAUUCAUUGCAAUCAUGCAAGCAUGCACCUUGAACCAGAGGGUUGAGAAGAGGACAUGUAGAGUAGUAGUUUCUUGCCGCUUUUGCAUAUCUGUGAGUAUCAGAGUAUCUUUGCAUGGGUUUGGAGAGGAGCAUUUUCCACAGGGAGUUUGGAAGUGUGCAUCAAAAAGACGUCUCAGGAAGAAGAGUUAAUUUGUUGUCCUUUUUGGAUGAAGCUUUGCAGACAGCAGAAGAAAGGACUGAAAACAAUCAGAAGAAAGGCAUGAGGUGCAAUGCUUGGCUGGUAGUUGCGUGCAUGUUACAGAACUGAACUGCAAUCCUGACCUCACUUGACACCCAAUAGUGCAGGCCUGAGCUGCAGGGAUUUUCUGUGGCCACCCAUGAAGGAGGACUCUUAACUGACAGGGAAAACACGACAAGUUUACUCGUUGCACAGUGACUUAUUGAGCACGACGCCCAAAGAGGCUUGGUGUCAGUGAUCAAGUUGAGGGGGAAACUACAGGGAGUAGUGAUCUGGUCUUGGCUGUUGGCAGAUCCCCAAGUUUGUUCAGUCAACAGAUGAGGGUCCAGAAGGUGGCUAACAGGAUGAGGCCUGAUGGCCACGUGGCCACGCAGGGAUUACAAGCAGCAAGAAGAAGGUAAAGGGAUUAGAUUCAGCGCAGAGCCCGCUUUUUUAACCUCGUCACUCCUGUCACACUGACAGCGUAGAGGGAAUCUCCUGAGCCAGAAUUUUCAACCAGCAACAUCUCCUCUUUCUAAACUUCUCCUCCCCUCCAUCACUCCGUCUGCUCAUCCAUCCAUGCAGCCACCUCACUUGAUUGCUGGCACCCAACAGCUUCCAGGAACUAACUACUGCUGAAGAACUGAGCCAGAGCACACAGACGGGAGUGGACUGUCCUCCCUCUUUUCGUUUGUGCUAACAAGCUAAAGUAAACGCCAAUGAGGAGAUUUUUGCAUACUCUGCUGAAGGACUCACGAUAAAGAGAAUCUGGAUUUUACUUUUGUUUGCAGGAGCAUCUCUACAAAUGACAACUUUGGGGCUUGAAAACCACAUAAAUUAGCCCACCAUGCUUUUGAAGUCAGGACUUUUCCUUUCUUUGUGUCUGUUUACCCUCCAAGCAAGUCAAAUCAAAGGUAAGAGUCAGUCGUGUCUAUUGAAAACAUACAAGCUUUGUCUCAAAGUCAUUAGCUUUUUUCUUUAACAAUUGGUGGGAGUCUAGCUGUUUGUUUUGAUGCCUCAGGUUUCAUUAGUUGCAAGGUUGAACACUGGUCAACUCAGUUUCAUUCGACUGACUAUCAAAGAGGUCUUUUUUUGAAGUACACAUGUUUUUCUUUUGAUGAAAUAUUAAUGCAACAACAUAUCUGUGCAGGUCUCGUUGACAAACCUGCCUUAAGAAAAAGCUAAACUUGGAAAGUGGGGGAGGAAAGGCGAAUGUCGAGAUCACUUAGUUUUAGUUGAUAAUCUUCCUGCAGGUUUUCUAUCAAUGAGAUGUUUACUGAAUGGCAUUAGACUUAAAGAGAUGGUGAUCCCGUUCAAGGGCAAAAGGUUUAAUAGUUUAGAAGUCUGUGCGUGCCUCGGCUAUUUAAAGAUCUCUCUGCUAACUAAACUAAACUCGCAAACUGAUCCCCUGUUGUUUUAGAAAAAUGCCAAGCAGCCGGCGAGCCACUUGGUCAUGAAUAUUCACUAUCAAUUAACCAGGCAGAGACACCGAAUUCAUGGUGACUGAGUUAGAUGGCAUCAUUUCAUCAGUGAUAACAUUUGCAUCCACACGGGUUGUCUCGUUCAGUGUGAUGUGCCCGGGUGAGCUCAUUAUCCUGAAGAAAACAAAAGCCAUUCUGUUCCCAGUGUUGCUGGACGCUAAUCUUUUCUGGCUUGUAAUUCUGCUGUGAGGCCUUUUCUUGCGGCCGCACCGGGCAUUAAGAACCCGCUCAAACUCUCUCCCUCCCUGUGCUCAAGGCCCUCGUGUCUUUCCAUGUGCAAGUCAGGCUUAAAGCAUACGGUUUCUUAAUGCCCAUUCAAAUGUUAGCCCAUGAAUGAAAACACGCACGAUUCGGUUACUUCCUUACCUGCAGAAAGGUUUUGAGGAUAGAGAAAGGCCCUGCAAGAGGAUGGACCUGAAGUGGGAGUGCAAUUGCCCGUAAAGUUACAGACCAGCGCAUCAGUGACGACACAUUCUCUGUAUGGUCUUGGUGUCGAGCCAAAUUUGGAAACAAUUUGAUUCAUUGUAGAGGUAAUUAUCCAUGAGUAAUACGGUGAUUAACAGCAGAUUCCUUGUCUGUGUCAUACAUGAACGAGGCCUGAAUAGUGUCUGAACAGUUUUGGAGCUGGAGGUUAAAUUCAACAACAACAUAUAUUCAAACAAAACGCAACAACCGCAAACCAUAACCUCCUGCAGAUUAGCAUUUCCAGCAACUCCACAUGCAAUUCAACAUUUAAAUAUUACAUUUAUUUCCCAUGCAAUGUGCUAAGUGUAAGACAAACUAGUGCAAGAGUCUUAAUGAAUGAGAAUGAGUAAAUUCAGACAUUUCUAUUACCUUUCUGUAGAUUUCCAUUAAAAAGUGAAAGCAGAAAAGUCUUUAUUUUCACAGACUCGUCUUUUAGAUCAACCCUGCGUGCCAUUCAGUCCCCAUCACAGGGCUUGAAAGUGAGUGUCCCCCAAAAAGCUGACCUGAAAACUGAAAAUAGGACUGAUUUAAUUUUAGAUUAGUGGCCACAAGUGUAGUUAAAAGCUGUUAAGUCAAUUAAAGAAGUCCCUGACUUACAGUCACCCGUAUGUUUCAUGUUUUGGGGGGGAGUGUUACUUCAAAAUCCUAUUUUGUUACAAUCAGGGCAAAGAACAUCCAGCCCUACUUUUGUAAAUAGUUUUCUUCCUUUAGGUAUCAGUGAUGACAAAUGAGGCCCAAGAUGGUUUCAUGGACCAAACUUCAGAAACUAUGCAUUAGAGAAGUUGAAUUAAAUAGCCAGAAAGACGAUGUUAAAAAAGUGUGCUGAAAUUUAAAAUAAAAAAUAAGAUGCGGAAAGUCAAAAUAAGUAUAAAACCGCACAUGGGAAAUGAGGAACUGCUUUAUAUUUGCUGAAAUGGAAAGCAGGUCAGCUGGGAAUGAUGGCAGAGUUUGAAGUCAGUGUUACACUCCCUAACUGCCCCGGCGAUUAACAGUGGGUAAAGGACCGUACACUGAAGAUAAACAGAGGAGGAGUGAGAGGAUGCUGGUGCACCCGUCAGUACCCUCCUUUAAAGAGGGUUUCAACUGCGUCAUCCCAGAGGAGCCAGGAACAAAAUCUGAAAAGAAAACAACCUCACUGCCACUUUCUCUGGCCUCACUCUGAACUUUGCUGUUUUCAGAGGGUUAUUGUUGUUCCGUGCCAGCCUUGUCUGCACACGCUGGUCUCGAAACCUGGUUCUCCUGGCAGGCCAAAUCUCCUUUGUCUGUAUUUUUCCCAUGGUUCUUCCAAUUAUUUCUUUUUCGGAGGCAUUUUUUUUGUACACUUUGCAUCUUUGGCGUAUUUGAUCCUGCUCUCAGGACUCUGCUUACCUGUGAUGGUUGUCACGUUUGUUGGGGUUUCUGGAGCUUCCCUAUGGUCACUGUGGUUUGGACGCUUCAAACACAUAAGAAAAUGUAUAGACAGGUACAACCCCAAAGCAUCAGCCUUGUUAUUGUCACAUGGUGAAUUAAUUUAGAUUAAUGGUCUAUGAAACACUAUCUGGACUCCAGUAUUUUUGCCAUUUUAGAUUACACAUCUUAAAAACCGUCUCAAAGACAGAGUAAAAUCCAUCUAGUUUGGAUGAUCAUUACACAAAUGCAGCAUUUCCCUGGCCUGUGUCAGAUAACAAUUUAACAGAGCUUAUAUGAUCUGCCCUUAGUUUCUCCGUAACAUCAACUCCUCACCUUCAUUGUUUUUCCUAAUCCAGCGGACGCCCUAUCAGUUAUUUAGGUCCAAUGACCUCAAGUCUGUAUUUCGGGGCUCAUAAAUCCUUAUUGGGCUUAUUGUCUUAUAAAGUCCUCUGAGGUUUGCCACCUGGCAUCACAAUUAGUGCCUUUGUUCCUAAACAGCUUUAUUCAAGAGAGAGUUAAUGGGCAAACUGGCUUGGGUAAUGGUGUGGAAUUACCUUCCAGUAAAGCUUCACAAGGGCAGCUGAGGUUGUUUUCUUUACUACACUGAUUAUAAUAUUAAAGCAAUGUUUCUCAGAACCUGAACAGCCUCCUGGUUAUGAAAGCAAAGGAUAUUUGGCUGCUUGUUUUCCACUUUCUGCAGGAGUGGUUGCAUUUUAGUGAAAUGUUUCUGUCUGCUGUACAUGUAUACAACCCCCCAAAGGUUUUCUGUUCUCGCAUAACCCUUGACAGCUAAAAUCCACGUGCCUGCAAUUCUGCAACUUAGAAGCACUUCUGAACACUCUUUGCCACUAGUUAGCCUCAGUGGUGUGAGACACCCACGGGUAACUGUUCCUCACAGGGAGGAGACGCUAACUUAUUCACUCUCUUGACACAUCUGUGCACUUUUUACACUGUUCAGUACAGCCCCUUUCAAAUUUGCACCCCUGAAAGUGUUGAGAGAAUUUCAGGACAGCAAUCCCCUGAAAUUUACCAAAGUAGGUUAUUCACACUUGUCCCUCUACAGUGUGAAGUUUUCCCUGUCAGACAGCGUGGAGGGGGUGGGGAGUAUCAAGAGGCAAGGCAUGACACACAAAGAGAACUGAAGAAACUACAGUGCAUUGUUUACCAGAUAAGCAAAGUUUGUUGCUAUAUGAUGAUGAAAUUUUUUUUGUUUUUUAAUCAAUGUUUUGUGUAAUCAGACUGCACACAGAAGCAGCUCUAUUACCCGAAUAAGAAACUCCAGAAACACACUGAAAAGAUAAGACAGGAUAUUCCUUUAAUAGUCCCACUGGGGGAAAUUCCAAAAUUACAGUAACAUAAAUACAGAUACAAAAAGUUCAUAUUAAAGGAUAAAGAAACUUAGAGUUAAAGAGAGAUGUACAGGAGUCUUAUUUACAUGUGUACAGAAUAUACAUUUAAUAUGAUUUAUAUAUGAUAUGAUAUGACUGGUCACAUGAUAUUAAUACAGUCACUCCUGCUGAUUCUUUUACCAUAAAGUUUUUUUCUUAAUGUGUUCACACAUUGGCUUACAAAGUCUUCACACAGAAGCGCCACAUAUUUCAAACCCCAACCCCAAAGCAACAAGUUUACAUUGAAUACUUCAUGCGAACGUCAAAUAUUUUGAAAAUGUUCAUGCAUUUUAAUGAGACACACGACUGCAAAGCCGUUUAUGUCACAAACAUCUACUUCUCAAUUAACCUGAACUUGAAAAUUUCACUACUUACAGAGAGAGCUUUGGCUUUGUGUUGUCUUCCAGACCUUCAUGACAACAGCAUCUCUGGACUAAGGGAUGUUCGGUACCGGCACUUUCUAGAAGCCCCCAGACCAAUCAGACAUGUACGAGGAGAGCGGGGCGGACAUCGGACAAGAAGAUCAGCAAUCUUCCACACGGGGGUCAAAGUGUGUCCUCAUGAGACAAUGACGGAAGUCAUCGGCAGCCACAGGACAUACUACAAACUCAGAGGUAAAGGGAUAUUUCUGCUGUGAGACUUUGGUCAAAGCUCAUUCACUCCCUGAAUUUGAACUUUGAGUGAACUUCUUCCAGAUAUAUAAAAAACUGCAAACUGAGAUGUCUUUGCAGCUGAUUGAAUAAUUUUCUGCUUUGGUGCUUUUGCGGUAGCUACACUUGUUUUGCACAAGGUUGAAAAAAAGAUAAUUAAAUCCUCUUCAGUAUCUGUUCUCUAAAUUUGAUCCAUUAGGGAUCCUGCACAUAUGUUGCUUUUUAUAGACGUGCAUCAUUGUCUUAAUGGUAUAGGGCCUGUUUUUGUUGACACUACGCUUCUGAAUGACGCACUGAAGCUGUUCCACAGACUUUAGGGACUCUUCAUGUAAUCAAGUGGUAUGCAAAUAUCCUUUGUCCAAGCAAGAUGGAUUGCUGAUGAAUUUAGAGGGAAAGAUUUCCACCUUGGCUUCUAUAAUAGCUGAGUAAUUCAAAUUGUUCCACGACAGCUGCUGUGGUGUUUGAUUUUAAAAGGAGGCAGAUUAAUUUGGUGUGUUGGAGGUAAUCGCAUCGCUCCAGAAAUGAGUUUGUCAGAGAAUAAAUUUCCCACAGGCAUCGUGAUAUUGGACAAUGUGAGGCUUGUUUCCGCCACGGAGGCCGAUAAAACAUCCUGUGGCUGCAGGGGGUCUUUGUGCUAGUGAUUUUAAUAUUCUCGAAAAUGUCACAGACAUUCAAACAACUUACAAACACACAGUAUGACAUUUACUGAUUCUGACUUUACAGCUUUAUUCUGUUGUCACAUUCAGUAUUAUUUAUGAUUUGGAGUUUUUAAACAUUAAAUGCUGCCUGUUUGCAUCUGACGGGAAAAGAGGCUAAUUUUAUUGAUGAUUGCUAAAUCAAUGCAAACCAGCCACAUGCAGACGUUCAAAGAUCAAUAUCAACAAGUGUCUUAAUCCUUAGGUGUUGGGUUUCUCCACACUGUGACUAGUUAAGCUUUACUAUGGUGAGAAAAUAUGCAAAAAUAACAUGCCCAUUUUUCAUGAACAAGCGGUUGUAUGGUACUCUGAGUUUGCACAUGUCUUUCUAUUGUGAUGAAAGAAAACAUCCAGUGAUUGAUGUGAUAUGUCUUCAGUGUGUCAGGAGGCAAUUUGGGAAGCGUUUCGGAUCUUCUUUGACCGAGUCCCAGACUCAGAAGAGUACAGAUCUUGGGUUUAUACCUGCCAGCAUGAAAACCUCUGCAUGGACGACCUCGCAAGGAACUUCAGCAGUGCUCAGGAGCAUCUGGAUAUAGUGGCCAGAGUAAGUCAGGCACCGACACAACUAGAAAACUCCCUGUGGUAAGCUGCAUUUAUGUUUUUACAUUUCUGAAGCUCCUUGAAGUUAAUAUCUUGUUUCUGAUUUUCAGAGAGUAGCCAUGGCAGCUGAAAUUGAAGGGUAUGUGAAAUUGUACCUUCUGAAUUUUUAUUGUGAGUUUGCAGGAUUAAAAAAAAAACCACUCAAACUACAAAGUCUGAAAACAAUGUAUUAAGGUGAAACAGAAAUAACAAAAAAAAAAAAAAAAAAAAAAAAUCAAGAUAUCGGACCAACUAAAUGAGAAAUAGUAGAGAAAACAUGCUGGUUAUAGUCAUAAGAAUUAUGGUCAGACUCCUUUAAACUCUGAACAAAUGUGUCACUUGAUUCCCAGAGUUGAAAGUGGAACCCCAGACCCGGACAGGGAAUGUGAGUUUGGCACUGAGGCAUCAUUACUGCUCAAUAAAAGCAAUCAGUAAAAAAUACAUGUUAUUAUAAAAUGACUGUUUUUGUCAUAGGCACUUGGACACCUCAUCUGCUUCUGCCAACUGAAACAGAAGUGGUAAGAUCACUCACAAAGUGUCCCAAUUAUAGUUCACUGAUCUGGAUGUUUAUCUUAUAAAUAAUUGGAUUUUCUUGCCAGAUUCAAGAAGACAUGAAAAUGGAGAAUUUGGAGUAUAUCGUCGAGUUCAGCGUCACUGUCGUAGACCCGGCAUAUAAUGAUGUGCUGAGUGACCCAGAAGCCCUGCACACCAGUGACAUUACACGGGAGCUCACUGACAAGGUAAGGGUUCGAGUAUAGAACAAAUGGCAAAACUCAAAGUGCUUGAGAGUUUGAAGUUUCAAAACUAAGAAAAAUUUAAGGCCAAAUAAACAAUUAGAAAAAUAAAGGAUGAAAAAUGUCCAUUUUGCUGCUGGGAUGCCCUCUCAGGACUGUGUGGGCAUUUCAGAUGGAGUUAAUUUGUUUUUGUUGUUCCACAUACAACAUUGGCGUCCACAUUUUAUUAUCAAUGAUUUGCAGCCCUUUAAACAGUUCAGUUUGUUUGUUCUUAAAACUACAAACGGAGUGCCAAAUAACGUCCUCAGUGUGUUGGCUAAGUGUUGGCGAGUAUUUUAAUUAUUACUAAGCUUAAAAUCCCCUGACAUCAAUCAACAUCUGCCAUUGGUUAAAAAGAGAUCAACAGCCUGCAGGAAUCUGUAGCUGAAAAUAGACAACUGUGGUCAACACUCAAGACCGGCGGCCAUCACUAAUCUUCCACAGCUGCCUAUAAUCGGCCGAGGAUGCCUACACUCACGCAUUACAAUCCUGAAACGAGGACGUUUUAAAAGCCAAAACAAGAAUAUUCAAGAGUGAUCUGAAAAUUAAUUCCACAAUUAUACUCGUCAACCUCUGUUUAAGUCGACCCUUCAAACAGAACAGCAGUAGAUCGUCGUUACAUAAGGUGCCUGAUAAAGACAACACGGGUUGCCAGCUUCUAUAGGGCAGUGCCGUUUUGGUUUAAUAGCUCACCCUGAUUGCUUUAAUAGCUUUAAGUUGUCAGUAAAGGGACUUAUGAUAAUGACCACAAGCCUGAAAUAGUAAAACCUAAUCAUAUAGAUAAUCUCCUACUAAGUAGGCAUUCUCUAAGACCCUGACUACAGCUCUUAACUAUGACUUCUGCCCCGUAAGUUUAACCUUUCCUUUGUAUAGAAUUUACAGUACGAUGCUGCCAUUACGAAAUGUUCCACUAAACCAACACGCGAUGAAGACGGAGAUUAAACACAGUGAGACACUGAUAGAUAGCUGUCUUUUUUUUUUUCAUGGAGCCGUCCUCAAGUGGACUUUUGAAGUACUGCAGUUUUUAGCACUUCUGCAUCAGCUUCAUUUGUUCUAAAUGUACUGCUCGGUGAAAUCAGUGGUCAUUAUUACUCACACUCAAAAGGCUGUUUUGAAAGUUUUGAAAAUAAGAUGAAAUAAUAAUCGUGAGAUAAUUUUAUCAGUUUUUAACCCCUUAUAGUAGGCGGCAGUAGCUCAGGAGGUUGAGUGGUCGUCAAAUAACUGGAGGGUUGGCGGUUCGAUUCCCCCCUAUCCCGAGUCUGUCCAUUGUGUCGUUGGGCAAGCCACUUUACCCACCUCGCUCCCAGUGUGUGUCCUCCACUUGUGUAUGAGUGUGAGUGCUGUGUGGUUGCAGUCGGAGAGGCGGUAGGCACAAACACGCAGCCACAUUUCAAAGUGUGACUGUGUGAGCGAAUGAAUGAUGUGUCCACUGUAAAGCGCUUUGAGGGUCUCUGAUAAAGCGCUAUAUGACAUCUGAUGCAUUAAUUAUAGAGCUUUCAAGGAAAUGAAAUGAUCAGGACAAAACUGAGAGAAAAUGUUCAUUUCCUUUUUGUUUGUUUUUUUCUCCUUUUUCCUAAAUAGAUGCUUCGAGUGUUUGAACGGGUUCCAGGAUUCAAAGAGAUUCAAGUUCUGGGAUUUCGGUGGGUUGGAUUUUGUUCCCAAAAUGUUUGGCAUCGUCAUAAUCCUCUCUGACGAUGAUUUAUUCCGUCCAAACUCUGCAGUAAACAAGAUGGGAUACCCAGAACAUGCAUUUCUUAUACUGUUCUCCUCAAGUCCAUUUGAUUAUUUGAUUCAUUUAUUGCCAUAAUCUAAUAAAAACUGUCCCUAAUUGUACUCAUUGGGGAUGUGACUCAUAUGUUCCUCCCGUCACAGACAUCCAUUCCCAGCAUCGUUUUGUUUUUGAUGGUUUUCUGACUUAAUUUGUUGUGUUGAUCAGCGCCGAUGAUGUGUCUGUGCGAGUGGUCUUUAAUGGAGACACAUUGCUCGGUGAUGACGUUGAGGUUCUCGGGGAGGCAGACGCAGACGAGGAUGUAAAUGCACCGAAACUAAAGUACAUCAUAGUGAGGGCCUUAAAGGAAGAAUCAUCUCUUCCACUGGAUAUAAGGACCAUCAUCUUUGAGGCUGGUAAGCAGAAGAUACUCACCUGUAAAUGAAUGACAAAUUUUAAGCUGGUGUAGCAGUCUAAAUUUAGUAUUUUCCCUUUUUCAGUUAGCACUAUUUAUCCGGUUGCGGAGCUCGGCAUUGACCCAGUUGGAGGAGUUGUUGUACCAGGGAUCUACACCACAGCUGCACCUGCAGAUGAAAACACUCCCACUCAAAGUUACUUCCCCACUGUGGCAACGACAGAGAACUAUUUGGAUGUUUUCACAAGUGAACCAGAAACACACACCUUUGUGCCUUUCCUCCCGAACAUCGUCCCAGAAACAACUCCCACCGCCGCAGACCAGAUCCCUCUGACGGUAUCUGUUGAGGAAUUCACUGAAGACAGUGCCGAGGAGCCAAGUGGCAUCGCGGCGCCAGACACUGAACUAGCUGACGGGGGUGAGGCUGAGACAGAACAGGCAACAGACGGUAGGCUUCCUUAUGAGAGGAUUUUGUUUUGAUAUGACGUUGAUAAGGCUAAAUGAAGAAAGCUAAAUUCAAAACUUCAUUGAUUAAUUAAAUGUAAAGAUUGUGGAAUUAGACCCCAUUCAGACAAAGUGCCAGAAUACAGUAAGAGCCUCUGGUCUGAACUCCAGCUUUGCAAACACAUUGUGGUUUUGAGGCCUUGAUCCAGCUGAUUGAUGAUGGGAAAUCAAGUCUGAGGAUGAGCUCAUUGUCUUUACAGUCUCAACAUAACAUACACAUGAGCAGCUGAUAGGAGUACUUACUCCUUACAAAAAGACAUUUUUAGAAGCUGGAAAAGUGAUAAAAAGUUUGAGGAUUACUGGAGAGGAUUAUGCCGAACUAGAGCAGAGAUGACUAAUUAACCUGAGGUAAUUGGAUUCAGCCAGGGUAAUACAAAAUAACCAGAGUGAAAUUUGUGCAGAGAGGAAGAAUGAGAGGGUGGAUGGGAAAAUAAACAUUAACUGAAUAAAUUCAAAUUGGAAAGAAGGGUACAAGAAGAGUAAAAGAGAGGAUCAGCAUUUAUUAAACAUUAUGUGUUCAUUUAGUCUCAUCUAAGAGCCUGGCACAGUAUUUCAUUACUUUGGUUCGUUGAUCCUCGCUGCGUAUUAACAAAUUUAGUUCAAGACUAAUCGAGCUUGAAGUUAAAUGCCUUUGAAGUUGCUGGAAAGUGAGUUUCUCCUCUAAAUUGACCUUAUUCUACCUUUGCAACCUGUAUUUUAAGUUCUUUACCUGCACAGACUGCAACCCUCUCAAAACAAGCUUCAACUGUAGUGCAGUUAGACCCGUAUGGUGUUUUGAUUUAGGCAUGAAGAAGCUCCCUGCUGUGGCAAUGCAUCAUAUUAAAACCCAUUAACAAGCACAAGGCCUGCUCUUAGUUGAGUCAUACAAACUCAUGCUGUGCAGCCCACCUUUCUUCAAGCCUCCAGUGAUUUUUUUUCAAAGUCUUGUAGGUUUUUAAAGUUUGCAAAUGUGUCAGGCCUGUCAAGAAGAAUUUUGUGCAAGCGUUAGUAAAAUGAUGCACAUUGCACAGAAUUACACUUAAUGACUUUCAGCACUUAAAAGGGAUGUGGACAGCAGAAGAAACUUGUCAAACAACCAGACAGGGGAGGGAUCAGAUUACAAUAAAAGCCUAAAGCUACUUAAAGGGAAAGUUUUACGUCGCAGGAUAUACAUUCUCUCUUUCUAAGAGUUAAUGAAGAAGUUUGAUCCCAGGUGUAUCUGGGGUUCACCUCUAAAGCUCACAUUGCAGUCAAGUUGUGAGAUGGUCUUCUCUGUGCAGAGCAGUGAGUUGUCUAAAUAGCACAAAGUGUAGUUGUUGAGUUAACUUAGUGAGAUGGCAGCCUUUAGUUUUCUACUUAUAGAUACAGUAUAGCUACUGCCAAAGCAUGCAAAUGACUUCCUGUUAUAAUCCCAUUUGUGUUUGAGAUAAACUAAUGACCAAAAUGUGAGUGGUAUCAAGCAUAUCUGCAAAGGAAUUAGUUUGUCAAGAUUUUAAAUUUGGUUUAAAUGAGGGUAUCAAGCCUGAACUUCAGUGACAGUGCAUCAGAAUCAGGAUCUGUUUUAUUACCAAGUUGGUUUGACAAACAGCACAAGAUAUAAUUAUUAAAAGCAAUAUUGUGUAGGAGGGUGCAUGAUGGUUGUAAGUGCAAAUUCGAGUGUCAUAUACGAUAAAUGUGAACAAAACAGGCUGCAGUAUUGUAGACUGUUUUAAAGUCGGAUGUGCAUAAAUAUAACUCAAUAAGUUUAAUUAUAUUUCUAACAGUUUUGUGAUGUUGAGCUACUCUGGGGAUGAAUGAGAGUCUGUGCCAAAUACAGGGUGGAGCAGGAGCAUCAUUCAUUAGGAGUCUCAAAGAGUCUUAAGAGUGAGAGGGGUCAGUCAUGAUCUUACUACAGGCCACGUAAAGAUGAUUGAUCACAGCUGGUCACCCUCUCUGCAGAGUGGAUGAUGUGCAGCAGCCUGAUCUUGUCCUCGGCAAGAGCUGCAGUGUACCAGAUGAUACUGCAGUAUGCAGUGAUUCUUAAAGAAAAAAAAUGACUUCAGAUAAUCAUCAGAUUGGCUUUUCUGAUUUUUUUAAAUUUUUUUUCCAUUAGCACCUGCCUUGGAUGAUGGGGAGCAUGACACUGAACAUCCCACUGAAGCUUCCAAUAACCUGCCAGAGUUCACAAACCCCACAGUUACCGAGCUGUCUGUCCUGGAGGCAACAGUCCCAGUCUACACUACAUCACCUUUUGAAGAGGCUACUCAAGGCAAAAUUCUUCCAAAGUUUCUAAAAAUGCAAAAUGUGUCAACGAAUGUUGGACAAAGGAGAAUGAAAUGAUAAUUCAAUGAACAGUCUUAGCCAAAGACAACAACAAGGUUGAGGUAUUUCACUCUUUACGAAGGCCAUUAAGCCUCAUAGUAGCAGUCACAACAACAUCAGACAAAGAAAAUAAUACUAUAAGACAGAGAGGCAUCCAAUUAUAGUAAGAACCUAAAGCUCCUUACAGGAAGUGUUUGACAUUAAAGGAAAUACUCUCUACCUCUCUUUCUAAGAACAAGGUUAGAUCAUUGAUAACCGGAGAAAGGAAUAAACUAUCUGGAAGUCAAUCAACCCCCUUACUUGUGCUGCUACAACUUAAAUCACAUUACCUGCUUUGCCUGAAUGGAAAGUUUACUCUCAGUCAUGUAGUUAAUGUUGAAAUUAAGGUCGACUGUCGUUCCUCUUACUUACAAAGACAGUAAUCUAGUAAUAACAGUGUAUGAGUUUUGUAUUUCGUUGGGAGGCCCCCUGAAAUAAAUGUACUGGUUGGAGGACCACAAAGAAAGGAGUCCAAAUGUUUUUGGAUUGAAUGGAGUUUAUAAGGGUGAAACUUGACAAAUAGAGACUCAUGUUCAUUGAGCAGCGUCACAGGAGCUUCUUUCCCCUCACUGAUGGAAAUGUAAAUUCAGAGCCUGACUGCUAGCCAUCUUUUUAAAAGUUCCCAUUUCUACACACAGCAACUUUUGAUUACUUGUGUGUCCUGUUUUACAUAAAACAUUAUCUUUAUGUUAAAACGAAAAGUAACUUAUUCUGUUUUUCUCUUUUUUCCUUUAGAAUCAACCGAGUUGGCCGAAGGCGACAACGAGGACCAUUCUGCUGAAGCUUCUAAUGACCUGCCAGAAUCCACAGAUCCCACAGUUACUGAGAUACCUGUCAUCGAUGCAGCAGUCCCACUCUCCACUACGGCAUCUCCUGAGGAAGCUGUCCAAGGCAUUUAAAACUCCUUAUUGAGUUCUCACAAGGGUUGGGGCCUCUUAAGAAAUGAGAUUUCAAGAGUCGCCAAUUUGUGAUGUCAUGAAUUCAUACGGAUAAACAUUACAGUUUUCAAGAAUAGAUGCUUAAAUUCAGACUAGAUUUGAGAAAUUGCAAGAAAAGUCAACAGGCCAGCCAACCUUUUUUUUUUUUUAAUUGAAACCAGUUCUAAAGUUUCACUUCAUUCAGAUGGCAACCUACUCUUCUGAUCUCUCCUAAACACAACAUGACUGACAGCUAUGUUUUGUUUUUUUUCUCACAUGUUUACGACUUUAUUCUCAUGUGUAUAACUUCAAUUUCAAAAUCUAUGAAUUCCAUAUAUCCUGUGGCCCUAAUACUGUGCCAGAGUCUGACACAAUCAAACUACAUUUCAUUAGUGUGGAGGUUAAACAAAUAAGAUAAAUAUGCGAAUAAUAUAGGAAUAGUUUCAGUCUUAACCAUUACAUCUCUGCUGAGAAAUGUUCCUGAUCAAGUUUAUUGUUGAACAUGAAUAAAUAACUUCAUAUUGUAGAAAUAACUUUUUCUUUAUGUUUUUCUUUUAUUACACGUAUCAUUUUUAGAAUCACCUGAGCCAGUUGAAGGUGACGCUGAGGACCAUUCUGCUGAGGUUUCCAAUGACCCGCCAGAACCCACGGACCCCACAGUUACUGAGAUAUCCGUCAUUGAAACAGCAGUCCCACUCUCCACAACGUCAUCUCCUGAGCAAGUUGUCGAAGGUACAUUCUUUUUGAGCUCUUGAACAUAUCCAGGUCCACAAUAUCUGACAAAUAACCUCAAUAAUGUGGACUAAAUGAAACACGUUUAGGAAACUCAUAGAUCGAUCCAACAUGACCAUUUCUCAGAUUUAUUUUGAUGUCACAGCAUAAGCGAAUAAAUCCAGUGGGGAAGGAUGUGCCUUUACAAUUUCAUACUUACUUUUUUUGGCAGGGCAAUCCUCCAUUUAACCACCUACUGAAUCAAAUUACAGUUAUUUGCCUUUGUGAUGUGCCUUUGGGUCAUAAAUCUCUUUUUAUAAUGUUUAUUUAUAGAAGUACCAGAGACAGCUGAAGAAGCCAAUGAGGAGCAUUCUGCUGAGAUUACCAAUGACCUGCCAGAGUUUACGGAGCCCACAGCCACUGACAUACCUGUCAUUGAAGCAGCAAUCACGGUGUCCACAACACCAUUUGAUGAUCAUGCUGUCCAAGGUAUUGAACCAGAUUCAGAGGCAGUGCUUUUGGCACCCUCUUUGGAGAGUGGCGAAGCCUCCACUGAGCAAGAUGAGUCCAGUGGAGGGCUCAGUGGAGUGAACCCGGCCCCGAUAGAUCUCCCCCCAGAGGAAUCGAGCAACCAAGGAGAUGCAGAGAGCAGUGGAGUGACCCCGGCCUCAGUAGACCCUCCCCCUCAGAGCUCAAACAGUCUAGAGGAUGGUAGGACCAGUGGAGUGACUCCUGUGUCAGUAGACCUGCCUGUGGACGACUCUCAUACUCAACAGAUCACGUGGCAUGGCGGUGAAACCUCAGUCUCGGAAGACCUGCCCGUUGAGAACUCUUACAAUCAGGAGGACGGAUCUGAAGGUCCAAACAGGACUGAGGCAGAGGCAGUCAGACCUUUAGAGGAAGACAGUGGAAGUGGUUACCCCUCAGAGUCUGAUGAACGCCCGUAUGGAUCCACAGCUGCACCGGCUAUGAGACUAGCCAGCACCCCUCUGGUGACCACAAUGGAGAAGACCAAAGAAUUAGUGGUGUUCUUUAGUUUGAGGGUGACUAACAUGAUGUUUUCUGAGGACCUGUUCAACAAGAGCUCCCCAGAGUAUAAAUCACUGGAGAAUACCUUUCUUGAGCUGGUAGGUACACAAGCUUUUGUGUUAGAUAUUGUAAUUUUUCACGCUUCCUUUUCAUACCUGUUUUGUAUCCCAAACUGAAAUGUGUGAUAAAAGUACACUGGUGCAAUUUCAGCUGGCAUAUUCAUGAUUGAAGGAUUUCUUAGCAAAAAUACACUCAAGAGUAGCUCAAAGUUGGUGCUGUUUAAGUGAGGAUGCUCUGUACAAUAAGCCUUAUCCUCACUGCAAUUUUUUGAACGUCCAAAAUUAAUAGUGAAUAAUGAUUGUUUUUAUUUUUUUUUAUUGAAUAAAUUAGGGUUUUUAUGAAUCAUAUUGCGUCAAAAAAGGCCAAAUUCUACAUCAAAAUUGCACUAUACUAAAGCUUCAUUGUCAUAGGAGCCAGUGUUAAUGAGAAAAAAAGGUCCAAUAAUUUUGUUUUACUUAGACACAGCACUCUGGGCCCAGAAAAUCGUCAAACCCUGGAGCUUCAAGUAAAUCUGGGUUUGGGAGACAGACAACUUUAGCCUCCAUACCGGUAUUUUUUUCCAUAUUGGAACUAAAUCUCCAAUGCCUCAGAGAGAGCAUAACAUUUCCAUUUCUUACCUAACUUUUCUGAAAUGCAGUAUCUAACAACGGGAAAGCAUCUAACAAUACUUACAUACUUUAGUUUUCAUCUUUGGAUCUGUCCUAACAUUAGACUGUAAACUCGUCCUUUCUCCUCAUGUGAGUCUUGUACAUUUGCUGUUUUCUCUGUUGCCUUAAUUUAUUUGGGUUGUGCUAAAAUUGCAGCAUAGUCAGUGUAGAGUUGAGGUUUUCAGACAGAAAGUAAGGUAAAAGGUAAAUAUUUAACCGACCAUUUUGUGCCUGCUUGCUCAAUUUGUGUAUGAUCUCAAAAACUCUUGCUGUCCAUAAGUGUUUGUCUUUUUCACUCUGUACAUUUUUAGAUUAGCCGCAGACUCGCACUUGGAUAAACUUUAACAGUCCUAGAUGUAAUGACAGUCCUCCACCUCUGGGGAAUUGGUGUCUCUUUGUGCCAACUUGUGUCUUUCCAUGGACUCUGUAUGCAAUCACGCACAUAGGCUCACUUAGCUUUAAUGCACCCUUAAUUCCAUGUUAUUCUUGGCGCUAGACCCAUAGAUGUCCGAUAUUGUAGCUGCGACUCGCGGCACGUUUUGGUUAGCUUAGCAUUAAGACUGAAAACAGAGAGAAACAGUGAGCCUUGCUCUGAACUCAACUAAUCUGCCUGCCAGCCUCUCUGAUGCUCUUUCUGGUCAGAAAAUGCAUUAAAAAAACGCUAAGGUGCAAAAUAUAUAUUGGUUAAAAUAUUGUAAUGUUUAUAGUUUAAGUUUUGUGUAGAUUAAAUAAGUAAAUAAAGCAAACAUAAUUUGGCUUUAGCGAGUUUCAGAGGUGCUGGUAAGCCCGACUUUUAAAGAUGAACUAUUUCUGCAUGUUUCCAGUCUUUUUGCUAGUCGCAGCUAAGUUGUAAAUACAGUAUUUUUUAACACUUAACAUUGUAUUUGUACAUUUUCAAAGCCUUAAAGAUCAGUCAUCAGGCGUAUGUCGAAAGUGUUUCUAUGUACGUGGUAGAGAGAAACUAGUCCAGGGGUAGUCUGAUUCAUGAGACCCGCGUCUGCCUUAGUCAUUGUAUGACUCGGAGAUUUGUGAAAUGUGGUAAGAAGCUUUAAGUAAUUCUUGUCAGUUCCAGGACAGCACCGGUUGAACUGUUAUUGGUUCCAAUCUGCUUAGUGGGACAUCGGUGAGGUGUGGGUCAAGACCUCAUUGCAUGUGUCAGCAAUGUUUCUGUGUUUGUUAUCUGGUUUUGUAGACAUUCGUAUGUGUAUAUCCUACUAUUUAAGUCAAGGAAUUAAAAAAGAUUACAGUUUGGUUGCUGUGAUUUUGUUGUGGUUCGCAGGGUCUGUUUGUAUUUGACAUGCACAGACUUGUAGUCAAUGCUUGAAUGUGUCAAUUAGUUUAUUUUGUCAUGAAAAUGUGUUACAAUGCUCAUUUCCUUAAAAUAAUGGUUUAUAAAUCAGGUAAGGACUGGGCCCCUCUUGAUUCUCACCAGUUAAAAUGCAUAAAAGGAAGAAGUACCGUUUGACACCCCCUCUUAGUCUCAAGACUCACCUCAGGGUAUAGACUUUUGGGUUUUUCUUAGAGGUGCGCUCUUUUUCACGUAAACUUGGAAACUACUUUUAGUGCAAAGCGAACUGUGUUUGCUGCCAUGCAAAAGUAUAUAAAAAAAUAUAAGCAACUUAGGAAGGUGGCCUUGGGGAAGAGCGUCAAAAGAUAAACCAUAGUUAAUGAAAAGUUUAGGUUUCAUUAAUCAUGUUUGUGUUCUUAGACAAGUUCUCUAGAGUAGGUCUAAGUUGUUUUUCAUUGCAGGUAAUUCAAUGACCAAUGUCUGCACUGCAUCAUAGUUUACAGAGCAUCAUAGGAAUACACAGAUUCACGCUUUAUUUUAAUAUAUACAAAGCACAGCUAAGAUAACACUCCAUCUCCAAUCUUUAAUGGUUGCUCAAACCAUGGUUUCUGCAGUGCUCCGCAUUAAUCCAUAUAUUUAGCUGCCUGGCAAAACUAAUGUGAUCAGACGUUUGAACUGGUAAGUAUUUACCAUAUAAUAUUUGUUGUUACUAUUCCAAGAGGAAUAGUCAACAUAUUAUCCUUUAAAUGGGCUUUAAAGGCAGAGAAACGACCAUCUGAACCAAAUUUAUUGAGCUCAUCCAAGCAUGAUUGAAGACAUGUCAAAAAUAUAUGUACUCUGCAGCCCAUUUAAAUGAGCAUAAUGUGAUGUUUUGCUGGAUAUGGGACCUCAUUUGUGCUUCUUUAGGCUACAUUUGUGGUCCCACAUAUAUAUGUAUACAUAUAUAUGAUCCAGUAGCCUCCAGUGGCUUUCAGUUACCCCUGUUUGCCUUUGCUACAUUCCUCCAUUACUCCUGUACCUACUGGUUUGUGAAGCAACCAAUAAAAUUGGACAUGGAGGUUGUUGUGCUACAUUGUUAAAUAUAAGAUUAUUUUCAUCGCAGUAUAUUCUCUAGGACUUUGUUUUUUUUUCCACAUCAGGGAUGUUUCAUCGGGUUUUUCUAAAACAAGAACCAGUAGAUACAUGUGUAGCCUCAGAGUAGCCUGUGUGAUUGUGUCAGAGACUGAAAUUCUGUUGUGUUUGUGCCGUGCUGUCUACAUUUCUUUCCAAAAGUCAAAUGUUUAACCGGGAGCCGUGAUUUUCACUGAACUUGGUUCUUCACAAUACAGGCUGCACUGAGGUUUGUUGUUAAAGAAUUGGCUUUGACUUUGUGUGGAGGGCAUUCGAUUGUAAACCGGUGUCUCACCCGCAGUGCACACGGAAAUCUUGACACUGCAUUACGACAAAUGAAUGACCAACCAGCAAGCUCGGUGUCGAGUUGUCCAUUUGUCCAGGAUAUUGGAGCCAAUCGUUUUCCCAACUUUUCUCCGAAACUAUUAGCUACAAGGAACCAGUGCCCUUUAAACUGUCUGCUGGUGAUAAGUGAAGUAACCAGAUCAGAGCAGAGCUUCUUAGGCCUCUUAUCUCCCACUCGACAGUCAGGCCAGCUAAAGCAGCGUAAUCUCUCCCUCUCACUCCGCGUCUGUUCGAUGUGUGGCUCAUCUGCAGUGAACAAGAAGUGGUUGGAAGGAGAGCGGAUCGAUGAACAUUGAUGCAGGUCCAUUACUUGAGCUGGUUGACUUCCUCCCAGUCUGAAUAUCUCCCACCAUCAUCAAUCCAAGUCUAUAGCCUUAAUAGAUUGGUUCCUUAGUUUGCUUGCCUGCCUGGAAAGUUUUGGCCCGUUUAGAAAUGGUCUGAACACAACAAUGAGGACAAUUAGCAGAAAAGAGUGAGGUGUAGCUGCGUAGACAAUACUCACACGCACUAAAAUUGACUAAACCUGCCUUUGGUGAUGCUUUUAAAAGCUCCUCACUUCAGAUAAGAUGAAGAACUUGUAAAACCCUACAGUAGGACAUUUAAAGCUUAAACUCUUCGUCUUUUUGUUGUCGAAAGCUUGUUUAACCCUUUUUACAUUUAGCCUCACUAUGUCUUAUAAGACCUUGGCUAGUUAGCUUUUUUAACUUUCUUCAAAAGAAUUAGACAUGACAUGGUUCUCUAUAAACUAGUGAACAUGUUUUAGCCUCAAAGAAACAAUGUACUGUAGUGCGAUACUGACUGACUGAAUAGUCAACUAUCUUUUUUGGACUUUUACUGAGCGGGAUAUAGAGCAGGUUUCCUUUGAUGCUUUAAUGUCUGCCUUAUCUGUGUUCUCUGCAUGACUGUGUUGCUCUGUAUUUUCAGGCUCUCAGUGAUGAGAAACUAUUCUUAUACUAACACUUUGAACCUAACCUUUGCUCUGGCUGUAAUUACGACAUGAUUUCACGCUCAAUUCAGUAUUUAAUUAUGAACUAUUCGUAGCUUGAAUACUGUGUAAUUCGACCUGAAUAAUUUGAAAUAAGCCAUACUCCAACAUCCUCAGUCCUGUCAUUGUGGGAGUGAAACCACAGGUUAACAAACUCUGCUGCUCUGGCCCUCUUCUCAGGAGUACACAGAUUUUUACUGACUCUUGACACUAACAUCAUUCAGUGAAUCCGAAUAUCUGAAUAGAAAUCUUUGCCGACUUUGGUUCAGAAAUGAUUUCCCUCAUACCCUGUUUCAUAAAAUAGAUUGUACGUUAGUGUUGCUUUCCUGGAAACACGAUACCCCAUGUUCCUGCAACAUAAGAUGUAUCACUCUGUGAAUAAAGCAAAUCUCUUGAAAUGAAUCAAAUCAGUGCAUCUGCCAAUCAAUAACAGCUACAACCAAAGAAAGAGCUUUAAAAUAAUUUGUUUUCCUUUUACCUACCUCACAGCUUCUGCCGUAUCUACAAUCCAAUUUGACUGGAUUUAAGCAUCUGGAAAUUCUCAACUUUCGAAACGGAAGUGUUGUGGUGAAUAGUCGGAUGAAACUGGACAAACCUGUACCUUACAACGUCACAGAGGCCGUUCACUGUGUGCUCGAGGACUUCUGCAGUGCGGCAUCCAAGCGGCUCGACAUCGAGAUCGACAGUCGCUCCUUGGAGAUCGAGCCAGGUGAAAUGUCCUUGCGGUGCAGAAACAAUGUAAUGUUUUGUUACGUUUAGUAAAGUGAAAAUAUUUUUCCGUGUCAUGAGAGUGCUGGCUCCCCAUGCAGAAAAAAAAAAAAAUCCAUUAAGUGCUCUUGCAGUGUCAUUCUUAUUUAUGCAAGGUCAGAGCUCCUGUCCACAUCAUGUAUCCUCACUCUGCUGUCUUGCGGUGCUGUGCAAGAUUGAUCUACUGCAUUUUUUAGCUUGGAGGAGUUGUGGACUUCGUUUGACCUCAUUAUACACACCUUAUUGAAAGCAGACACCUGGGUUCACAUCAAUCAAAAAGGCCUUUAAUUUCUCCUCUGAAUAUGCAGAGAGUGAAAGACAGGUUGACGCUGCAUAAAUGUUAAUUAGCUAUCCUCUCCCUGGUCUCUGUUUGUUUCUCCACCCCUUUUUUUCCUAUUCCCUCUCCUCUCCUGUUGGUUUCAGCUGACCAAGCAGACCCCUGCAAGUUCCUGGCUUGCAAUGAGUUUUCACGCUGCGUGGUGAACAGUUGGACUGAUGAGGCAGAGUGUCUGUGUGAUCCCGGGUACAGCACUGUGGAUGGCCUGCCCUGUCAGAGCACCUGCUCUUUGCAGCCAGACUACUGUCUGAAUGGAGGCCAGUGUGAAAUAAUCCCCGGGCAUGGAGCCACCUGCAGGUACACAAAAGCUGAUGGAAGAGGAAAGACCCAAACGAUGACUCAGCCUUUGUUGAGGCUUUUACAUCACCACCAUAAGUAUACCUUCUCUCAAAUUACUGUGUGACAGCCUUUACUUUUGAAUAAUUUCAGCACUAAAACUUACAAAGGCUGGCUUUGAAAGGUAAAAAUUUAAUUUAUGAUUACUUAACUUUACCUAUAUUGACAGGGUUUUCACACAGCAGCAAGCACAAGCAGGGAUUUGAUUGAAAACCUUCUCUUGAUGGUGCAUCCAAAGACAUUUUGAGAUUUGAUUCAAACACAUUUUGCUGUUCUUGUGACCAUUUUUAGUUUGGAUUGUUGAUUUUCUGAAAACACAAGAUCAGUUUACAAGACUUGCAAAUGCUCAGUGAAAGGCCCUAAAAAAAAACCUUCACGUUUGUCUGCACUGUGUCAACAUAACAAUUUCUUACAUUUCCACUUCAUAGCUAAAUCUUGAGGUGUAAGACGGUUUUACAGCAUAAUGCUAAAAAACAAAUAAACAUGAACAGUCAAGUGCCAGACUCUAUCAGUCAGGUGAGUGUUUUUCUUUCAGUGAAAUAUCAGCUUGAAACAAUCUUAAUUUAGUUUGUUAUAUUCAUGUCGAGACAUGAUGGUACAAAAUUGAGAAGUAAUGGGUUUUAUUCUGAAUGUAGCAGCUUGAAAUUGUAAUAAAAAAGGACUAAUUUAGCCGCCUGUGUGUGUUUCAGUUUCAUGUGUAAAAACUGGACUUUAUUUUCUAAAAGAACUUGAAUUUUAAGAAGUUGGAGGUGUUAGUUUGGUACAUUUCCCUUAAAAUGAAAACAAUCAUCUUGUAGCAUGUACGUGAGUCCUUUCUAUAAACUAAACUUUGGUUCUCUGUGUCUCUUUUUCAGAUGCCCUGUAGGUAAAUACUGGCACUACCAUGGAGAACGCUGCAACGACAUGGUGUCAAUGCCAUUAGACCCUUCGCUUAUUGUAACCUGCCUCGUGGGAAGUCUCUGCCUUGUUUGUGCCAUCAUUGGCCUUUUGAUAUUCAUUAACAAGAAAUGUAUAAAGCCCAAAAAGACUUUAACUUUGGUGUAAGUACCCAUGCUUUUCUUUUCUACAUUUUGAAAGCAUUUCUUUUACAAGGUGUUGCUUGUUUUUAGUGAUUGAUGAUGAUUUGUAUUCUAAGCAUCUUUUUUUUACCACCUCAUCUCCUUUACGUUGUAGGAACACCCUUUCACCUUAUGCCUUUGAGAAUACUAUGAGGGUGAACCCAGUAUUUGAGAAUGAUGAUGGUGCCUUAAGUCAAGUUUCCACAUAUCCAUGUUCUUCAAGUUCUGCUUCUUCUCAAUCCCAACAGUCUGAGCAGGAACAUUUUGCCACUAUUGAAAAUAUACAUCUGAGUAUUGAGGUACAAAGUGCUUCAUGGGACCAUGACUAAACCACUAACCUGAACCUUUAUCCACAGUCAUAACUAAUACUCUCUAACAAACUCUCUGCAAACAAUUGUCCUGUUUUCUUUGCAGCAAAGUUUGUGGUUUUUUUUCUCAUCCAGCACUUUUUAAAUCUGUGUUUUGUACUAAAUGUCUGAUGUAUCUUUGAGCAUUGUUCCAAGAGUGUCUAAAGUGUUCAUUGUAGUUUUUAUAGUAAUUGUACUUAUAUAGAUAAGGGUCCUCUGGUGUCUUCAGUAAUUGCUCAGAGGCCAUUUUAAGAAUUUUUAAGUACACAGGGUGCAUAACUUUAUAGAAGUUUUCUCCCAAGUCUAACAAAGGUGCAUAGUUUUAACAAUCAAUCCUAUAUCAGCAGCUAUAAGCAUAAUGCUCUGUCAUAGAUCUUUCUUUCUGGCAGACCCUUGUAUUGGUUUAUUGCCUGCUUGUACUCACAUUGCAUCUGCGCAUCUGGUUGAAGUGCCUUUGGUUCUAUAAUAUAUUAAUGAAGCAUAAAGUAAACUGUGUCUCCUUUCUGUCUCCACAGAUCCCCAGACAGCUCUACACAACAAGAUCAGAAAAGUUAGUCUCAGAAAUGGUGGGCUUCCAUCACUGUAUACCGGACACAGAGGUAAGCGCUGUGCACAGAAGAUUUACCCCCAAAACCACAAAACGCAGUUUCAGAAAGUUUGCAGCAUGAUAUAAAACAGGGUAAAGAGAGGUAUACUCAAUAGUUGCUGGUAUUUAUGACUUUAUAUGAACUUUUUUUUGGACAGAUCUAUGGCUAUGGUGUAUACAGAGGUAAAGCAUCCAUAUUUGGAGUCCAGGCUGAUUUUUAAUUGCAAACCAAAUCACUGUUGAGCAUUUCAAUACGAGAUUUUACAAUCACCAACUUCAAAUCUAUGUGCGAUCUCUUGUAUUGACUUCUGCUCCCAAAAUGAAAACCCUUCUCUUCAGCCCGUUGUCCCAGAAAUGAAGAUUAACCCUAUUUUUAAUUAUUUAACCCAUCGCAAAUAUUUUACAGAUCUGGAGAGAUGAUGGUGUUUCUUUUCUUUUUCUCUUUCAGGCUUCCCGGCCGCCAAAUGAAUACAGGACUUGCUGGUUUUUAAGGGCAGCCGAUAGCGAAUGUUCUGAAGUCACGGAUGUUUGAUGGCGUCUUAAAAGCGUUGGACACUGACAAAGCACAAAACAAAGACUGAUGUUACUGUUUAACUGUAUGUGGAGGCAUGGACAAGUAGAGCAGUUAAAUGGUGAUAAAAGUGUUGAGAUUAUUUGUUCAUAGUGAUGAAAGUGUCUCAUUAGACAGAAAGCUAUGAAUAUUAAAGGAAUAGUUCAGAUUUUUCAGAGUCUGGGGUUAUAUGGGGUGACAUACAGCUGGUGUAGCAGCCUGCACAGACCCUGUUUGGAGAAGAGAGUAGAAGCUAAGCUAUGCACAGAAGCAAAGUGGUAAAAAUACCCACAAAUACAGUACGCACUUAAACUGAAAUGUUGGACGUUUUUUAGUGGUUGCCAUAGCUUAACUCCUCCUGCAAAGAAACUCCAGCUGGCCUCUCAAACGGGGACAAUGCAGACUGUUAUCAGCUGUGCCUAAUGACAUGUGCCUCAUGAAGCCCCGCUUCAAAAAUACUGAACUAUUCCUUUAAGGUGGAUCUAGGUUGUCUUAAAGUGGAACCUAUUUUUUAUUCUAUGUAUUGAAUGAUAGGAACAUUUCCUGUAUAGGGCUGGC